AUGUCGUGUAAAAUCGUCUUAGCAAAAGAAAUUUCUGCAAGCUUUAGAGAGGAAUUAAAAGCCACAAUUAAAACUCGUGGGAUUAAACCCAAGCUUGUUGGAUUUCUUGCCAAUCAGGAUCCAUCUGCUGUAAAGUAUGCUGAAUCUACAUCGAAAACUUGUGAAGAAACUGGUGUAGUAUUUGAAUUAAGAAAAUGCAACAAAGAAGAAUUAGAAGAUCAAAUCGUUGAAGCUAAUGAAGAUGAUAAUAUACAUGGUAUAAUGGUCUAUUAUCCUGUAUUUGGAGAUCGUCAGGAUCAAUAUCUUCAAAAUGUUGUCAGUGCUUCAAAAGAUGUGGAAGGAUUAUGUCAUAAAUACAUAUAUAAUAUGUAUCAUAAUGUCCGGUUUCUUGACAAGGAAAAAACGAAGAAAUGUAUCAUCCCUUGUACACCAUUAGCCAUAGUUAAGGUGUUAGAAUUCAUUGGAGUUUAUAAUCCAGUUCUUCCAUAUGGAAAUCGAUUACAUGGACGUGUAAUCACUAUAAUUAAUCGUAGUGAAAUUGUUGGACGUCCUCUUGCAGCUUUAUUAGCAAAUGAUGGAGGAAAAGUAUUUUCCGUAGAUAUCAAUAACAUUCAAGAAUUUCAUCGUGGAACCGAUACAAAUGUAAAACUCGAAGAAAUUGUACCAAUUUCAGAUGUGGUAAUAACUGGUGUCCCAACGCCUUCUUAUAAACUUCCCACGACUUUAUUGCGUGAAGGGGUUAUAGUUAUAAAUUUUUCCGCAUUUAAAAAUUUCGAAGAUAACGUUAGAGAAAAAGCUAGCAUUUACGUUCCCGCUAUUGGUAAGGUUACCAUUGCAAUGUUGGAAAGGAAUUUAUUAAGAUUAUUUGAUUAUAAAUCUCAAAAUUAA